AUGAAUCCAUGGGUUGCAUUCUUGGUCAACAAGACGAGACAGAUUGCUCGUUGGCAAAUUCUAUUAUCUGAAUACGACAUUGAGUAUCACACCCAAAAAGACAUCAAAGGAAGUAUCCUCGCUGAUUAUUUGGCACAUCAGCCUGUUGAGGAUCCUCAAGCUGAGCAGUUUGACUUUCCUGAUGAAGACAUCAUGGCUUUGAGAAUGAAAGACAGUGAUGAGCCGCUUAUUGAAGAAGGUUCCGAGCCUGGAUCCAUUUGGGGUUUAGUAUUCGAUGGUGCUGUCAACGUAUAUGGACAUGGCAUAGGCAUUGUAAUUAUUACUCCUCGAGGUUCACAUAAACCUUUCGCAGAAAGGGUGGAUUUUGGUUGCACCAACAACAUCGCAGAGUAUGAGGCAUGCAUUCUUGGAUUGGAAGACGCUAUUGAUAUGUGUAUCAAAUUUAUGGAAGUGUUCGGUGACUCAGCUCUUGUCAUCACUCAGAUUAAAGGAGAGUGGGAAACUCGUCAUCCGUGUUUGAUCCUAUACAGAGAUUAUUCCAGAAGAUUGUCUACUUUCUUUACCAAAGUAGAAUUCCAUGACAUCCCUCGAGACGAGAACCGGAUAGCAGAUGCUCUUGCUACGCUGUCUUCCAUGUAUAGGGUGAAUUUGCAUAGAGAAGUGCCCUCUAUCCCUAUCCAUACCCGUGAUAAACCUACCUAUAUCUUUAAUGUUGAGGCCGUGUCAGAUGAGAAAUCGUGGUUCUUUGAUAUCAAGUGUUUUCUUGAGAAGCAAGAAUACCCUCUUGGUGCGUCUAACAGAGAUAAGAAAACCUUGAGGCGGUUGCCGGCUAAUUUAUUCUUGAAUGGUGAUGUGCUCUACAAAAGAAACUUUAACAUGGUCUUGCUCAGAUGCAUGGACAGACACGAAGCAAAUAUGUUAAUGGCGGAAGUACAUGAAGGAUAUUUUGGCACACACACUAAUGGACAUUCUAUGGCAAGAAAGAUGCUUAGAGCUGGUUAUUAUUGGUUAACUAUGGAGUCUAAUUGUUACUGUCACACCUCGAAAAAUGAGAAUACGACCUAA